AUGUCCGGAACAGGUGCCAGGGAGAAUGUAUUCGCAACACGACUUGCCCUUACAAACAUGAAAUCCAAACUCAAAGGCGCCCAAACCGGCCAUUCCCUCCUCAAACGCAAAUCCGAAGCCCUCACCAAGCGUUUCCGCGAAAUCACCCGCCGCAUCGACGAAGCCAAACGCAAGAUGGGCCGCGUAAUGCAAAUCGCGGCAUUCUCCCUCGCGGAAGUCACGUAUGCUGCUGGAAACGACGUGGGUUAUCAGGUGCAGGAGAGCGUGAAGAGUGCGAGGUUUAGGGUGAGGACGAAGCAGGAGAAUGUAUCUGGUGUUUUCUUGCCAACGUUUGAGAGUUAUGUGGAGGAGGGGAGUUCAGAUUUUGCCCUCACUGGUCUUGGGCGGGGUGGACAACAAGUCCAGAAGGCCCGUGAAGUCUAUGCUCGUGCGGUAGAGACACUCGUCGAGUUGGCUUCGUUGCAGACAGCGUUCGUCAUCCUCGACGAAGUCAUCAAAAUCACCAAUCGCCGUGUUAACGCAAUCGAGCACGUCAUCAUCCCCAGAACCGAAAACACGAUCAAGUAUAUCAACUCCGAACUCGACGAAAUGGAUCGAGAAGAAUUCUACCGCCUAAAGAAGGUGCAAGGAAAGAAGCAAAAGGACGCCGACGAGGCCGAGCGCGAGAACGAGUUGAAGGUCAGCGGUACCGGCGCGCAGGCAACAAGGGGCCCUGGCAACGAUGAGGAUGGACCAGCGGAUAUUCUGGAGGGAGACAAGGAUGAGGAUGUUAUUUUCUAG